CCUCCUCUUCUUCCUUCCGCCCCCCGGUCACCGCCGCUCGUACACCUUCCAGUCUUGCCGCCCCCCCCCCCCUCUCCCCCUCUCGUCCUGUGUACUCUUCCUCUCCGUUCCAUCCUUUCCUCGCGAUCGACCCCUAGCGGCGCGCCGCGCCGCGUCCUCCCCCUCUUUCCUCGCGCCGCGGCUCACCGAACCCGCUGCGAUUCGCCGUGGCGAGCUCGACGCGAGCCGACGCGGCGGCACUCCUGGACGCCAGGGAGCCUUUCCCCCCUGCACCACCCGCACCCCUGGCGAAUAACCUGGUGGGUACUCGUCGUGAUCGGAGCUUCUCAUGUUGGACCCAAGAUCCGAAAUCUACCCCACCAUAGAGUAUCGCCCCAUCCAGCCCUCCGACCUCGAGGUUCUUGAGAAGAUUCAUCUCUCGCUGUUCCCUAUAAGGUACGAGAGGGAGUUCUUCUUGAACGUUGUCAAUGGUAAUGGUGUCAUUUCGUGGGGUGCUGUGGACACUAGCAGAUCGGAUGAAGGCAGGGAUGAGCUGAUAGGCUUUGUGACCACGAGGAUGAUUGCAGCAAAAGAUAGCGAGAUCGAGGAUUUAUUUAGAUACAACAACUCGCACAAAGAUCUAACACUUCUUUAUAUCCUGACGCUUGGUGUAGUGGAUAGCUACAGAAACCUCGGCAUAGCUUCUUCGCUUGUUCGAGAGGUGAUUAAACAUGCCGCAAGUGUAUCAAAUUGCAGGGGUGUUUAUUUACAUGUCAUCUCAUAUAACCAGCCUGCAAUUAACUUUUACAAGAAGAUGCUAUUUAAGCUAGUCAGAAGACUUCCGAUGUUCUACUACAUAAGAGGGCAGCAUUAUGACUCAUACUUGUUUGUGUAUUAUGUCAAUGGGGGGCGUACGCCUUGUUCACCACUCUUAAACUCGCAUAUUGGACUUUUGCCUCCUUCUGCAACUUUUGGUGUUGCCUCUCGUGAAUACAUUAUUAGUGAACUAUCCUUGCUCAAGAAUGCUUUGAUUCCUAUUGCUCCUGUUCCUGCAAGCAUAUGGUGAUUUUUUCUGAAGAAUGACUUGUAGCACCAGGGCUUUCCUAAAGAUGCUAGUUGGCAAGAUCUGGAGGAAAGAGGAAAAGAGUAUCCCGAGAUGGUCCCGUUGUAAGGAAUCGACCACUCUAUUGACCUCACAGAAUAAUAAUAGUAACAAUAAAAGGAUCAUCGCUGGUGAAGAUUCAAGAUGUCAUGUGUAAUUUUAGGUGUGAGCGAUGCGAUGGUAUUGUUUUCGUGGAAACAUCAGUCUCUUGCAAUGUUGUUGUACCCUUGCCAAUACAUUAACAAACCAGGUAUAUAAUUUCUCAGAUAGCCAUAGCCAUAUCUUGUAAAAAGAGAGGACAAUAAAAUGAAGAAAAUAAAUGUCACCUGCUUAGCUUGUUGGAA